UCGACGCUCCAUAAAAUCGCUUGCCCAAUAUUCUUCCCUCUAAUAAGUUUCUAGGCUGUCUGUCCCUUUAAACGAGUCAUUUUUUCUUUAAUCCUGAAUUGAUUGCUUAAAUGCGGAGACAGAUAGAGAACAGAGGGUGCGCUUUAUUUAUCAGCGUCUAAAUAUUUUUUUUUUGUCGCCCUCAAAGUUCAUUUUUAGAUGACGGGAAAUAAAUGAACGCUUCUGAUUUUUUAAACCAACUGAAUACAACUCAUUUGAUUCAGAAUGAAACGCCUUUAGGAGGUGACUGACAGCAUCUAGGUCCAGGACUGCACAACUGGAAAACUUCAUAGAAAAAGCUCAUUUUGGAAAUAUGCCUCAAAAAUGUGAUUGAAGAAAGUCGUGAGGAUCAUGCAUUCUGCUCCAAUGAGGUCAAAGUGACAAUCCGACAUGUAUGAGGAGAACCGAAAAAGGAAUGGGUACUCCAAUGAGGAAGAGGAGGGUGGUGGCGAAGCGGAAGAGGAGGAGGAGGAGGAGGAGGAGGGAGGUGGAGGAGUAGAGGGCAAUGAGGAAGAAACAGACGAGUGGGAGGAGAAUGAACGGCCGAAGAUGAACCGUACGGAAACGCUCAACUCCACCACCAGCUCCACUGGAACGCAGAAGAAGAAGAGUCACCAUGUGAAGAAGCAGGUCCAGGGCUCCAACCAAGUCCAACGCGCGCCCAGAGCUCUUUUCUGCCUUAAAUUAAACAACCCCAUCCGCAGGGCCGCCCUUCACCUUGUAGAGUGGAAACCAUUUGAUAUCUUUAUUCUUCUGGCCAUCUUCGCUAACUGUGUUGCUCUGGGGGUCUCCAAGCCUUUUCCCGAAGACGACUCGAACGCCACCAACCAUGACCUUGAACAAGUUGAAUAUGUGUUUUUGAUCAUCUUCACCAUCGAGACGUUUCUGAAGAUCCUUGCGUAUGGCCUUGUCAUGCACCCAAGCUCCUACAUCCGCAACGGCUGGAAUUUACUGGACUUUGUCAUCGUCAUUGUAGGGUUGUUCAGUGUGGUAUUAGAGACUGCUACUCAUAAAUCUGGUGAAACAACUUCCCACACGCCGGGGAAACCGGGAGGUCUGGAUGUCAAAGCUCUCCGAGCCUUCAGAGUCUUACGACCCCUCAGACUGGUUUCAGGAGUGCCCAGCCUGCAGAUUGUGUUAAACUCCAUCAUGAAGGCAAUGGUUCCCCUGCUGCACAUCUCUCUGCUUGUCCUCUUUGUCAUCAUCAUCUAUGCCAUCAUCGGAUUGGAGCUCUUCAUUGGACGAAUGCAUCACACCUGCUAUUUUAUAGGCACAGAUAAUUAUGCAGAUGAUGAUCCAGUCCCGUGUGCGUAUGCGGGUCACGGUCGCCAGUGUGCUGCCAAUGGCUCCGAGUGCAGGGGAAAGUGGGAUGGACCGAACGGUGGCAUCACUAACUUUGAUAACUUCUUCUUUGCCAUGUUAACAGUGUUCCAGUGCAUCACAAUGGAAGGCUGGACAGACGUCUUGUACUGGAUGAAUGAUGCAAUUGGUUUUGAGCUGCCAUGGGUUUACUUUGUAAGCCUGGUCAUCUUUGGAUCCUUCUUUGUUCUCAACCUUGUGUUGGGUGUGUUGAGCGGAGAAUUCUCUAAGGAGAGAGAGAAGGCGAAAGCUCGCGGAGAUUUCCAGAAGCUUCGUGAGAAACAGCAGAUGGAGGAGGAUCUGUGUGGAUAUAUGGACUGGAUCACUCAGGCUGAGGACAUUGAUGAGUUUGAUGAAGACGGGAACAGACGUGUGACCUUGCGUGACCUAGCUGAUAAGAAGAGGGGGAAAUUCGGCUGGUUCAGCCACUCAAACGAAACCCACGCAAGUCUUCCAGCCAGUGAAACGGCCUCUGAGAACACUGAAAACAUAGAUGAGGAACACACUGAUUGUUGUGCUGCUUGCUGCGCUCACAUUAUGAAGAUCCCGUGCUGUCGUGCCCUGCGCCGCUGGAACCGUUGCAUUCGUAGAAACUGUCGUACAGCAGUGAAAUCUGUGACGUUCUAUUGGUUAGUGCUGAUCCUAGUCUUCCUCAACACUGCUCUCAGUGCCUCUGAACAUUAUAACCAACCAGACUGGCUCACUGACAUCUUAACAGGUGAAGACUGGAAUGUAGUAAUGUAUGAUGGUAUCAUGGCAUAUGGAGGCCCGGUUUUCCCUGGAAUGAUCGUUUGUCUUUACUAUGUGAUUUUGUUCAUUUGUGGUAACUAUAUCCUACUGAACGUCUUCUUGGCCAUCGCUGUCGACAACUUAGCAGGAGGGGAUGGAGACAAUAAGAAGAAUGAAGAAACAAAAGAGGGAGAGGGUGACGGUGAAGGUGAAGGUGAAGGAGAGAACGGAGAGGUGAAGGUGGACAUUGACGAUGAGUACGAGGAAGAGGAGGAGCCUGAAGAGGGAGAUGAUGAAGAAGGGAAAGCUCAGCUCAAUGUUGCUGACUUCACUCCUUCUAAAGAGAAAGUUCUACCAAUCCCAGAGGGCAGUGCGUUCUUCUGCCUCAGCAAGACCAACCCAAUAAGAGUGGGCUGCCAUACCCUGAUCCACCACCACAUCUUCACUAAUCUCAUCCUGGUCUUCAUCAUUCUCAGCAGCAUUUCUCUGGCUGCGGAAGAUCCUAUAAGAGCUCACUCCUUCAGGAACAAUGUGUUGGGUUAUGCUGAUUAUGCUUUCACUUCUAUAUUCACUGUGGAGAUCUUACUGAAGAUGACAGUGCAUGGUGCAUUCCUCCAUGAGGGUUCCUUCUGUAGAAACUGGUUUAAUUUGUUGGAUCUUUUGGUGGUCAGUGUGUCUCUGGUCUCCUUCUUCUUACAUUCGAGUGCAAUCUCUGUAGUGAAGAUCCUAAGGGUGCUCAGAGUUCUGAGGCCUCUUCGAGCAAUCAACAGAGCCAAAGGACUCAAGCAUGUGGUACAGUGUGUGUUUGUGGCUAUAAAGACCAUCGGGAACAUCAUGAUCGUCACCACCCUACUUCAGUUCAUGUUUGCCUGCAUCGGUGUUCAGCUUUUCAAGGGUAAAUUUUAUCGUUGCACAGAUGAAGCUAAAAACACUCCAGAACAGUGCAAGGGCACAUUUGUUGUGUAUAAAGACGGAGAUGUGAGUCAUCCAAUGGUGAAAGAGAGGAUCUGGAUCAACAGCGACUUCAACUUCGAUAAUGUACUGAUGGGAAUGAUGGCCCUGUUUACAGUCUCCACUUUUGAGGGUUGGCCAGCGCUGCUCUACAAAGCCAUUGAUGCCAAUGCAGAGAAUCAUGGCCCCAUUUACAACUACCGUGUGGAGAUCUCUAUAUUCUUCAUCGUCUACAUCAUCAUCAUCGCCUUCUUCAUGAUGAACAUCUUUGUGGGUUUUGUCAUCAUCACUUUUCGUGAACAAGGAGAGGCUGAGUUCAAGAACUGUGAGCUGGACAAAAAUCAGAGACAGUGUGUGGAAUACGCCCUAAAGGCCCAGCCGCUGAAGCUGUACAUCCCCAAAAACCCAGUGCAGUACAAGUUCUGGUCUAUAAUCAACUCCACAGGGUUUGAGUACAUCAUGUUUGUGCUGAUUCUCCUCAACACUGUUACUCUGGCUGUGCAGCACUAUGACCAGUCAAAAUUUUUUAGUUACGUGAUGGACAUCCUCAAUAUGGUUUUCACCGGCCUUUUCACUGUGGAGAUGAUCAUUAAACUGAUGGCUCUCAGACUCAGGCAUUACUUUAUCGACGCAUGGAAUUCCUUUGAUGCUCUGAUUGUGGUGGGAAGUGUGGUGGACAUUGUGGUUACAGAGUUCAGCAGCUCAGAGGACAGCUCUCGUGUAUCCAUAACUUUCUUCCGUCUGUUUCGUGUAAUGCGAUUGGUUAAGUUGCUCAGCAAGGGAGAGGGCAUUCGUACCCUGCUCUGGACUUUUGUGAAAUCACUCCAGGCCCUGCCGUAUGUUGCUCUUCUGAUCGCUAUGAUCUUCUUCAUCUAUGCUGUAAUUGGAAUGCAGACAUUUGGAAAGGUCGCCAUGCAGGACCACACACAAAUCAACAGGAACAACAAUUUUCAGACUUUUCUGCAGGCUGUGCUGCUACUUUUCAGGUGUGCAACGGGUGAAGCGUGGCAGGAGAUCAUGUUGGCCAGUCUUCCAGGAAAGCGCUGUGACCCAGAAUCAGACUAUGAGCCCGCGGAAGAAUUCACAUGCGGCAGCAACUUUGCUAUUGUCUACUUUAUCAGUUUCUUUAUGCUCUGCGCCUUCCUGAUUAUUAAUCUGUUUGUUGCCGUCAUUAUGGACAAUUUUGACUAUCUGACCCGUGAUUGGUCAAUUCUCGGACCACAUCACCUGGAUGAGUUUAAAAGAAUCUGGUCAGAGUACGACCCUGAAGCCAAGGGUCGUAUAAAGCAUUUGGAUGUAGUGGCUUUGCUCAGGAGAAUCCAGCCGCCACUUGGAUUUGGGAAGCUCUGUCCUCAUCGUGUGGCCUGCAAGAGGCUGGUUGCCAUGAACAUGCCCCUGAACAGUGAUGGUACGGUGACCUUCAACGCCACCCUGUUCGCCCUGGUCAGAACUGCUCUGAAAAUUAAAACUGAGGGGAACCCUGAUCAAGAGAACGAAGAGUUGAGAAUCAUCAUUAAGAAGAUCUGGAAGAGAAUAAAACCCAAAAUAUUGGAUGAGGUUAUUCCACCCCCUGCUGAGGAAGAAGUGACUGUGGGUAAAUUCUAUGCCACAUUCUUGAUCCAGGACUAUUUUAGGAAGUUCCGGAAAAGGAAAGAGAAAGUGGGUCUGGAAGAUUCAGAGAAUGGUAACCCUUCCGCUCUACAGGCGGGGCUGCGAACUCUGCAGGAUCUUGGGCCAGAAAUGAGACUGGCCAUGAACGAAGAUCUGGAGGAGGAAGAGGAGGGUCUGGAGGAGGAGCAAGAGGAGGAUGAUGCUCGUUAUAAGGAUCUUGGGCCAGAAAUGAGACUGGCCAUGAACGAAGAUCUGGAGGAGGAAGAGGAGGGUCUGGAGGAGGAGCAAGAGGAGGAUGAUGCUCGUUAUAAGAAAAUAGUCCAUGAGACAGAAGGAUUAGAUGAUUAUUCAGACUGCAUAUAUACUGUGGUGCCUGUCUCUUUCCGCGUGCAUCUGUGUCAGGCGGGGCUGCGAACUCUGCAGGAUCUUGGGCCAGAAAUGAGACUGGCCAUGAACGAAGAUCUGGAGGAGGAAGAGGAGGGUCUGGAGGAGGAGCAAGAGGAGGAUGAUGCUCGUUAUAAGAACGAAAAUGGCUAUGCAGGCCACACUGAGCCCUCAAGCAAAAGCCGGCGCUCCUCUUUGGCCACUACACCCAGCGGUGCUCCUGUUCCUGUCUCAGGAGAAGGCAUCUUGAACGGGGGACUGGGAUGUAGGAGCUCCUUAUCAAAAACACAGAACGGGAACGGUGCUUUGGAACACGAGAAUUUCAGAAGAAGAGACAGCAUGCGUUCCUCCUUUCAUUACCAACACAAGAAUGGUGUGAUUGACCAGCUGCCUAGGAGAUCAUCAUACUACAAAUACCCAAGGGGGGACUCCAGGGACAGAUUCUCCUCUCCGCUAUCUCGGCGAGAGGAAGGCGGUGAGUACCCUGGAGAGCAGCGCUUCUAUGGAAAAGAUGAGGACAGCGAGAGUGUCAUCUCUAGAGAAAGGCAUGGUCAUCCAGAGGACAGCACAAUGUUCCCGGGACAUAGAGACAUGUAUGAUGGACACUCUAUGAGACACCCUGUCUACGGUAAUCAUUAUGGAAACAGUUAUGGUGAAGGCAGGAGGACAGCACGGAGACGCCUGCUGCCUGCAACGCCUACUGGGAGAAAGGCUUCGUUUAACAUACAGUGUUUAAGAAGGCAAGGUAGCAGUGAUGAUCUGCCCAUCCCAGGAACGUACCAUCAGAACUCCCCACCCUGCAGAGCGCGUUUACAGGGAUGCGGCAGCUACGAUUCUCGUUGCAGCAGCGCUAGAUCAUCCACGGGUUCAACAGCAUCCUGGGCAAACACCGGCCCUCGACGGGGUCGUCUCCUUUACGCUCCCCUUAUCCUGGUAGAGGAGGAGGGAGCAGGAGGGGCUGGAAGUGUAGGCAUCUGGGACAAAAAGGCCGGUGCCAUCGGAGUGCCUGCGUCGGUUCGGCAUCCCAGUUCGGGAUGGUACUCGGGACCCUCUACGGGUGGAGGGGGGCAGCCAUAUCGAGCCUACACCACCCUCAGAGUCCCCACCCAACUCAGUCCUCACUACAGCGAGAAGAGAGGCAGCGCUGACAGUCUGGUAGAAGCGAUCUUGAUCUCUGAGGGUUUGGGAUUGUAUGCCAAGGACCCAAAAUUUGUAGCCUUUGCCAAGCGUGAGAUUGCAGAUGCCUGUCACAUGACCAUAGAUGAGAUGGAAAGUGCUGCAAGUGAUCUCCUGAGUCGUGCGGGCUCAGGGGAGAGUCAAGGCUUCCUGAACCACACAGACAUGGGGCCCAUAUACAGUGACGAGGAGCCCAUCAGGAGCCACGAGGAAGAGGAACUGGCUGAUGAAAUUGUGAGAUUGCAGAUGCCUGUCACAUGA